GCGCAUUUUCCAGCUGCACAGCAUGCACGACCAUCGAUGCAGCAGAUUGGAUCUUCUGCCUGGAUACGCAUGGGCAGGUGGAAACGAAGCGGCUGCGGAAAGCUAAGGAUAAGUUCGCCAAAGAGACGUUGGAGCUUGAUCCUUCCAGGUUAGAAACUUUGACCAUGGAUUUGUUCAAGGCGCAUGACUUGAAUGGCGACGGCUUCCUUCAGGAGAUGGAGCUCAUUACCCUGAACGAGCGCAUCGCCAUGCUUCAUCAUGGGAAAGGUGCUUUCGAGCUGCAAGAGGUACGAGACACAUACUCGCGCCUUUUCCGGACGAAGCUGGACCCACAGGGCCGGCCUGUUCCCUUCGAAAUCUUCAGAAGGCUUGCUGUCGGAUUCCGAAUACCCGGAAUUUCACUACUUGGAGACAUGAGAGAUGAGCAGUUUCAGGUUCCGGGAUUGCUUCAUGUUUGGGUUGCCUUCUCUGGGUGCUCAGGGUGCGGAUGUUUCCUAAGCGCCGUUUUGGGAGCUUUCGCGGCGAGGUGUGCGGGCCGUGUGUUUUUCAAUGAGGCCUCAGAGCUGGUUGGGGAAUGUUAA